CGGAGCUUAAUACAUUUAAUUUCGCUUCAUUUUCAAGAUCUCCGCUCGACGAUCCACCGCCUUCAUACGACGAGACGACGAGGGCGUGGUGAAUUUCACAUCGAACACAUCGUUAGUGGCCAUUUAUGCCGAUGAUAUGAUAGCAAACAGAGAAUUAUCACGGAGGAUGCAUAGAAAAAUAACAUUUAAUUGACUGCUUCUGACUUCAACAAUGAUACAAGAAAAUAAUACCAUAUUCCUCCUGUAUUUACUAAUUCUUUUUUCUUUUUAUUUUUGCUGUUUUUGGCAAGCAUGCCGUACUACAAACGAUACUUUAAUAUCAAACGACGAGUUAAAUCAAAUUCAAAUGUCUAAUGACAGACACGCGAUCAACAGCGACCAACAACAUUCCUCAGUCCUAUUAAAUGUCUUAAAUGACUUGGAGUAUGAAAACAUCUAUAAUCCGUCGUAUACUCAACCUCGCCGGCCAAAUAAUGUGGCACUAACAUCAUCUACAAUUAUCGUUUCCACUCCACAAGCCACAGUCGUACCGUCGAGUUCUAGUUUAAAUUACGCGGAGCUCAAUACAUCUAAUUUCGCUUCGUUUUCAAGAGCUCCGCUCGACGAUCCACCGCCUUCAUACGAAGAGUGCAUGGCGAGUUCAUGAUGUGCACAAUCCCGCUAAAUCCAUUCAUACCGAUGAUAUGAUAAAAAUAGAUAGAGAUUUAUCGUACAAUAUAUUAUAUUAUCAUCCGAAUGCGAAAUUGUACGCCAGACAUGUGAUAUUAAUGAUAUGUUAUUAUAAUUUUAACCUAUGUAUAUUUAUAAAAUUAUAAACUAUAUUACAUAAUUAAACGAAGGUAGAAUGUUUGCAUCGAUAUAAAAAAUAAAUGUAAAUAACAUUAUAUUAUUUAGUUCUCUACAACAGCUUAUCUAUAACAGCACACACACACACACACACAACAUUUAAUAUUAUCCGUAAUAUAAUAUUAUAUUGUGAAUUUUAAAAAUUGUCAUACUUGUUAUCUACAUUGCCCCUUACCGAUUGUGUUCGCGCAAUGUAAUAUUAAUGUGGCCGCCCAAAUAUAUUUGUUCUCUUGU